AUGGACUCGAAGCACGAUGUGGACGCAAGCUACGAGAACUCAGCGUUGGAAUGUGUCCACGCUAUUGUGUACGUGGACGGGAGUCCACAAAGGCGCCAAUACAUUGAGGUCGCGAGUCCACCUCGCGACGCGUCGUCGAUUACGAGCCUUCCAGGACUCUCCUGGAAGCAUUUUCUACGCGACGUCAAGGGAGGCACGGUGGAACAAGUACGUCUGGUCACCAAAGAGGUUAACUAUGAGCCGUUUAAGGAGCUAGUGACGCGCCCUCGAAGCGCUGAACAAAAGUCAGCACGCAAAGAAAGGUUUGCGUCGCAAUCUUGGGAAGCUCUACGCGAGUCUGGUAACCCUGUCUACGACAUUGCUUGA